AUGGAAGUAUUUAACGAAGUGGAACGACGUUUUAUGGAACAAUAUGGCGAACUGAAAGAAAAUGAUUUGGUACAGAUAAUGAUGGCUGGUGUUCGUCAAGAUUGUAGUGGAAAAGGCCUUGGCACAAAACUUCACCAGAUUCUGCUUGCUCUUUGUGGCCAACGUGGAUUUAAACAUGCAAUUGUUGAACCGGCGAAUCCAGCUACAUACCAUAUGUACACAAAGAAACUGAAUGGAAAAGAGUUUACAUCAGUCUAUUUGCCAACGUUUGUGACAAGUGAUGGUCGAAGAUCAUUUGAACAUUGUGAUUUAGCGAUACAAUUGAUUGUUUUUGAUCUACAGUAG